UCGAAGGACAACGACAGCAAUCGCAUCCACUGAAACAAACUCAACAAAGCGUAGUAGUUUCUGCCAUAGUUUAAAAUUUAAGGAGAAAACUUCAAAAAUUCGCGUUAUUCUAUAAAGAUGAAAACUUUUGUCACAUUCCUAGGUAUCUUCAUUGUCUUGGUAACGUCCGCAGACGCUUCAGUGAGGAAUGUAACUCUUGGUGGUUUGAUUCCUUUGACUGGAACGACCUCUGUAGACCAGGGCCACCAAUCUUUGGUUGUUCUUCCAGUUUUACGCAUGGCGUUAGAAGAAAUCAACCAACGAAGCGAUAUUCUGGCUGGUUAUGAGCUCAAGUUGUACUUCAAUGACACCAAGUGUAGCCCUGGUUACGGGUCACGUGUUCUCUUCGAUAUGAUUGACAGUCAACCCAACAAAGUGGCGGUGCUCGGGCCAGGCUGUUCAUCGGUGUCGGAAAGACUCGUGGAUGUAUCGAGUACUUGGAAUAUCAUCAUGGUAACCUAUAUCAAGUCGACGUUCAGUGCCACGCAGAAUGCUAAGCGAAAUUUUUUCACCACGAUGACGUCAGAUGGUAGUCUGAAUGACGCAUGCGUAGCUCUGAUGAUGAAAUUCCAAUGGCGUCGAGUGGCUUUGAUAAGACAGCAAGGGAUCGUGUAUUCUAGGGCGUUUAAUGACUUACAAGAAAAGCUGAAAAAAUCCGGUAUACAAGUGAUCACGUCGGAGACAUUUAGUGACAAAUCUGCAGAACAUUUGGAAGAAAUAAAGGCCAAGCAAGCCAGGAUAAUUGUUGGAAAAUUUAACCAAAAACAUGCAAGACAAGUCUUUUGUCAGGCAUACAAACUUCGUCAAUAUGGCCAACAGUAUGCCUGGAUACUUCUGGAUGGUUACGAUGACGACUGGUGGAAGAAAGAAGACAAAGAUGUCCCUUGCACACAACAGGAGCUACAGAAAGGUUUUGAAGGAGUCAUUAUCCUCACAAAUCUUGGAAUCAGGCUUGACCGUCACACCAGUACAAUCUCUGGCAUGACUUCCCAGGAAUUUAUUCAAAAAUACGAAGCAGAAUCCAAGCAAUCAGCCAAUGAGGGUCAAGCAGGUCAAGCAGGUUUUGCCUACGAUGCCGCCUGGGCAUUGGCUCUUGCACUUAACCAAUCAGAGACAGUGCUGUCAAAACGUAACGAAUCUCUUGGUAAUUUUACUUAUGAGAAAAGUAAAAUAGCAAACACUAUCAAAGAUUCUUUACUGGGAAUUCACUUUGAAGGAGUUACGGGUUUGAUUAACUUCACCUCCAAUGGAGAGCGCAUUGGGUACAUCGGGAUCAAUCAAAUCCAAGGAGGAGAACGAAAACUGGCGUCGGUCUACACAGCGCAUAAUCAAACCCUCCUCACCAUGAAUCCAGGUUUCUCUUGGAGUAACAAAAAUCCCCCACUGGACCACCCCCAAGUCAGGAUUAUAUUCAUGGCGAUUUCUCCAGCUCUUUACGGUGUCAUGGCAACCAUAUCCGUCAUCUGUAUCAUGGUUGCUGUUGGGUUUCUUGUGUUCAACAUCAAAUUUAGUCACUGCAAAUAUCUUAAGAUGUCUUCUCCUCGUCUUAAUGAUGCCAUUCUUGUUGGCUGUAUAUUCAUGUAUCUAUCAGUCUUCUUGCUUGGCCUCGAUGGAAGCGCAGUACCAUCUGCGCACGUGGGAGGCAUAUGCCAGGUUCGAGUGUGGUUUGCUUGUCUUGGUUUUACCAUCGCCUUCGGAGCCAUGUUCGCCAAGACGUGGAGAGUUUAUGUGAUUUUUACUAACGCCAAGCUAAGAAAAAAGGUUAUUCAUGACGAGAAGCUUUUCUUGAUGGUUGGUGCACUGUUGUUCGUUGAUAUCAUUGUUCUUGGUCUUUGGUCAGGACUUGACCCGCUACAAAGAAAAAUAGAGAAUGGGACUUUGAAGCAUGGAAGUGACAUGGAUGAACUCCAACAAUGGGAACAGUGCGAAUGUACCUAUUUUAACAUCUGGCGAGGAAUAAUCUACUCAUCCAAAGGUCUUCUUCUGGUAUUUGGUCUCUUCCUGGCCUGGGAAACAAGACACGUCAACAUCCCUGCCUUGAACGACUCGCACUAUAUCUGCAUGUCAGUCUAUAACGUGGUGUUACUCACUGCCAUCGGGGUGCCUCUGACGUUCGUCAUCAGGAAUAACCAGAAUGCGUCCUUCGCCUUGGCUGCAGUGGUGGUACUGUACUGUACCACGGUUACCAUGUGCCUGGUCUUUAUACCCAAGCUUAUUGCGGUAAAGCGCGACCCAGAGAUCCUGAACUCUUUAGGCGGGACAAGCGUUGGUACAAGUCAGGGGGGUGCCGAGUCCAGCGCUUCACAGGACAAAUACAUUGGGGGACCAAAGUACAUAGCACUGACUGCUGAGAACGCUAACCUGAAAAAGCAUAUACAAGAGAAAGAAGAGCAAAUAACAGCCCUAGAGUCUCGCCUAUGUAAGGCUGGUGUACCAGCAGAAAGAGUUAAGAAAAUAGCUCAAGCAUUCAAGACGUCGACAGCUACACAUCUUUCCCCUUCAAUGAGUGCUCUUGGAGAAGCAAGGGAGAGUAUUCAUAUCGAAUUGAACAAAAACAAGGCCAAAGAAGCAGAAACGAGAACAGAAGGAAAAGGAAUGGUGGAAGAGAAAAGAGAUGGUGAUGCUAGCAAAGGUGUUUACGACGAUACACGGAGCUUUGAUGGCGUGGAAAAGAUUGCCGAAGCAGAGCGUAAGACGGAGGACUUACCAAGUCCUAGACAGCGCUACCCAUCGACCUCCAACAUUGAAACACGAACAUGCCACAAGGAAGACUUGUCUAAGAAGAACUCACUUCCGAAUCACAAAUACACCACCUCUGGUAAUGCACCUAGAAAUGACGUAAAAUCGUACGUCAUUGAAAGCUACGAAAACCCUGCAGUCAAGAAUGACAUCAUAGGCGAUGUAAUAAGGAAGGAAGCUAGGAGUGAAACAGAUCCCGAGAGUAUUACCUGUGGGAUGCCUGCAGAAAUCCGCCCAGCUCCCUCCCCAAGACUCAUGUACAAGGCAGCUGAUGUUGUAGGGGGGAGUGAACAGACUGGGAAAGAUGACAGAGGAAAAGUUGUGUUGGCGAGUAAGAUGGGUAAAGGAGAAACGUUUUUCCAGCUUCGGAUGGCCAGAGCAGGGUCUGUUGGUGAAGCUAAUGUUGCUAAAGGUGCCGUUGGUCUUGUGGAGUAUAAUUUUCAAGAUAUCCAAGAUGUUUAGUCAGUACAUGGUCAAUGGGCCUUUCAGGAGUUGUAGAAAUGCUUCAAAAACAAUAUAAUUUUGAAAAUUAACAUGACAAUGAAGGUUUCCUAUCACUUUUUGUGAUCAGCAAGCAAAAACGAUGCCAUAUAAGUAUUAAAAGCAUCCCCUAAAAUAGCCACGAUACAACAUGUUCUGCAACUCAAGAAAGGCUAAUAGUACUCUUAUCUUACACAUUCAAGUACUCAUAAAUAUUGGUGUCAUUAUUUCUUCUGUAUACAGCAGGGCUUAAAAUAAUGACUAGACAUUACUCAACGUCCAUCCAGAAUUGGAAGUUGUCCCAUCAAAUCUUUACCUUGCUGGUCAUUUUGA